AUGCUACGCACCACACGCUCGGGUCUUGUUCUGAUCGGUCGGCGAGCUGCCUUUUGCUUGCCGACUGCAGACCUGCGUCUACCGCGGUGGCUGGGGCGUAAGGAGAAUAGUUCCCUCACGCUCUCCACCUCUUACUUUACGAGCAUCACUGCUUCGUUCCCAGUUCCCAGUUCCCAGUUCCUCAUACUCCGAAACAUGGCUUCGACUAAUUCGUUAGGAGCUCGCCAACACGCCAGAGGUCGUCGUGACGAAACCUGGACACGUCAUCAUUGGCCGAAGAUUGAAAUAAAAAUUUACGAAUGUCAGCAGUACUUCAGCAUCAACGUACAGCAGAAAAAGGUGAACUGUUGA